AGAAAAAGAAAGACUUUAAAGAAGCUUCUAUCAUUCAUGAUUCUAAGGUGCAGCAAUGGAGUAAGCAAAAAGUGGGACUCUUGAGAUAAAAGCUGAAGCUAACCUAUUCUCGAAUUGGGUGACCAUCUAAUUCAAUUCAAUCGAGAAGCAGCAAAAUCAGUCCAUCAAUGGUGGACAAAGCUUCUUCUUCGUCUUCCUUGUUUUUGUGGUCCAAAUCGGCUUGGGUCGAAGCCCGAACAACUUGCGAUCACCUGGCUUCUUUGUCUUCUGAUCUCACCCACUUUCCCACCCUAGACACUCCCUGCAACAGGUGCCACCACCCCGAUGAUAAUUGGUUAUGUUUAUGCUGUAAGGAUGUUCUUUGCAGCCGUUAUGUGAACAAGCAUAUGCUCGAUCACUUUCAGCAGAGCAAACAUUGUGUGGCACUAGGCUACAAUGAUCUGUCAGUUUGGUGUCACCUGUGUAAUGCAUAUUUAGAUGCUCAAGUGAUUUUGCCACUGCGUCCUGUUUAUGAAACUGUUUACAGACUGAAAUUUGGUGAAGCACGUGAAGCCCCACCAUCUCAGGCAAUUGAAUAUUUGCAGAUAGAGGAUAAGAAAGCUGAGGUCUCAACUUCAGGCACAGAAGAAUUGUCAUCUAACAAGCUUGACGCAGCUACAGAAGUUAGAAGAACAUUACGUGAUGCACAGCCAUCGCAUUACAUGUUCAAGAUAGAGUCUCUCUCUGUGCUUCUGAAAACGGAAAAUGGAAAUAUUGAAUCGGAUGUUUUUGAAACUGGUGGCUAUAAAUGGAAAUUAUCUUUCUAUCCAAAUGGGAACAAUAAAAGAAAUGGGAAAGAUCACAUUUCACUAUUCCUGGCAAUAUCAGAUACAAAUAAUCUUCCUUCUGGUUGGGAAGUCCAUGUGAAAUUUAAAUUAUUCGUCUUCGAUCACAUACGUGACAAUUAUUUAACCGUCGAAGAUGCUAAACCAGUACUAAGGCGAUUCCACAUUAUGAAGACUGAAUGGGGUUUUGAGAAAUUUCUCUCUCUGGAAAAGUUCCAAAAUCCUUCAAAUGGGUACCUCCUAGAUGAUACCUGUGUAUUUGGAGCGGAGGUUUUCGUUAUCAAAUUUGCAGGCAAAGGCGAGUGUCUGUCCAUAAAGGCAUUAAGUGACAACAGUACUUACACUUGGACGGUUGAUCAUUUUUCAGCAUUAAGUAACCAACUUUACUCUGGGGAGUUUAACAUUGGAGGACGGAAUUGGAAACUUUUGCUCUAUCCCAAAGGGCAGGGAGACGAUGAAGGCAAAAGCCUAUCUCUGUAUCUUGCAGUAGCUGAUUCUGAAAAAAACUAUCUUAAAUCCGCCAAACUGUAUGCAAAAUACAAGCUGAGGAUAAGGGACCAAGUCAAUGGUAAACACCGUGAAGGGGAAGCUAGUGUCAGGUUUUCUGCCGCGGAUUUGAGUUGGGGAUUCCAAAGCUUCAAGUCUCUAAGCGAACUCUACGACAAAUCAAAGGGCUUCAUGGUGAAUGAUACUGUAAUUAUUGAAGCAGAAUUUACAAUGUUGUCUGUGACUAAGAACUUAACAUAAAAAGAGUUUCAUCAUGUCUUCAAUGAAAAAGGAACAAGAUAACUGGAGGUGGGUGAAGGAACUCCUCAAGUGUCUCUAGUCUUCGUGUACUGAACGUUACGACCCUGCGAUUAUUUCAUUAUAGUUAUCUCUUUGUUGAAGACGCAACAGCAUGUUUGAUUUGUGUAUUGUUGGUUCAAUAUGUGAAAUUCCAAACAUGAUGAACAGUGUUUACUGA